CAUUAAUAUCUCUAUGUAUUUUGAUAAACAAAUAGGUAUAUCCACAGGGUAUAUCAUAGUAAAAUAAAAUAAACAGUAGGUAUUCUAAUUAUAAACAGUUGUAGUAAUUCGAAUAAUAUUCUAUCAAAAAUGCCCUUGCAACAAGGCAAAACAACAUCGCGGUUAGAAUAUUUACAAAAUGUAUGGAAAAUGAAUAAGAAAAACAAGUCCCUGAAAUAUGGUUUACCUUUUCUUAUUUUCAUGGUUGGGGGAUCGAUAGCUCUCAAAGAAUGGACGCAGAUAAGGUAUCAGUUUGCACAGGUGAAGGGUGUGAGUAAUGAAGAGGCAGAAAAGCUGGGUCUCCAUAGAGAUAAAAAAGUUACUCUUGAAGGAGUAUAUGACGAAAUAAAGACACUAGACAUUGAUAACUGGGAAAACAAGAGAGGGCCUCGACCCUGGGAGAAUACAGAGCAGAAUCAGUAGCCUUUAUUAUUACUUUCUCUCCCUAAGAUUGUUAGCUAUUAAAAGCAGGAAUCCCACAGCCAACAGUCUAAAGUUCAUGGUUCAAUGAUGCUCGCUUUUACUGGGAAGAAAAACUCAACCACUUCUAUGUGCCUAGACUCUAGGGCCUUCCCAGCCAUCAUCAUAAACCAAAUUACAGUAAAGGUCACUGAACCCAUGAAUUUGGAAAUCUUCAGACGAAUGGCUAUGGAAUUGGUGCUAACAGUCAUAAUGUACCUGUAGUCCUUCAUUCUUCCAUAAUCAUAUUUCUUAACGAAAAU